AAAAGGCGGUGUAGUAAACUUGAACAGGGCCUCUCAAACCGGUUAAUAAACCCUCACAAAACCCCUAGUUCUGCGUUUUUGAAACAUUGACCCAUCAUCGAGCUAUGGAGGGCUUUCAAAAAUGGGUCGGGAAAAUCACAAAAGAUGUAAAAGCCGCCUCUGAAAAAGCUUCAUCAUCUUCUUCUUCUUCUUCUUCCUUUGAAGGUCCUCGUUCUACUGAAGGCCUCUCUGCCGCUUUGUCCGAUCAGUCUCGUAUUGUAGUCGCCAGACCUGUUAGAGGAGUGGUGUCCCUGUGGACAUGCUCAAAGUUAUGUGCAAUUGCCUUUGUUGCUGGGAUCAUUGUUGGCUAUACCCUGAAGCGACGCGUUAAACGCUGGGCUAACAAGCUUCUCAAGAGGAUCAGAGACGAUUGAUUGCACCUAGGUUGAGUUAUGUUAUCGCAUUCAAUAGAUGAGUGAUUCUCUAACAUUAGUUGUGUAGAGAGUGCAUUUUUGAGGAGUUUUCAGCUUCUGUGGUGACAAAUGCAUCUCACCUUAUCAACAGAUAUUGUUAUCCUUUUUAAACUAUUAUGGUGAAGUUUUAAGCUAGUUGUGAGGCUGAUUCUUGGGUUGUUUACCGACUAGAUUUUGUUCCUGUGGUUAUGAAUUCGUGCAACUGCCGUUAUCUGUGAUUUAAGUUGGAGUAAAACUAUAAGCUGAAUGCUGCCUAUUUUGUUUCUGUGUGAACUAUGAGAUGAAGAUGUGUGAAACCACUCUUGCAUCGAACCUGAAGUAGUAUACAUAUUGAUGAUUAUGUGAUUUGGAUAUCUUUGUCAAUCACCAUAACACUUCAUCUAUGAACUUUGGAAAUAAAUAGCAGGAGCUCAUUAGUUUUAAUCUUUUUCUCA